UGAAUUCGAGAGUGGUUGUGCAAAUAAACCGAAAGUUGAUGCUGUCUACCUGGAACUUUCCACCUCAGGUCGACCAGUAGUACCAGUACUCCAUGGCUAGCUUCUAGUAUUAUAUACAUACAGAUUAACUCAGGAUAUCUUCAUUGUUCUUCUCAUUGGCUAAGCCCGCAAAUUACCAAUAUUUCCUUCCGCAAUUAAGCUUCUAAAUAUCUCGCAUUUGCAUUCAUGGCCACUCAAACACCCUCUUCAUCUACUAAUUCCGAAGAUACUAAGAAAAGAAAAAGAGACAAUUCAUCUUGUUCGGAAGAAGAUGAAAAAAUCAUAACCUCUUUCUCACCUUCUUCCUCAACACCUCGAUGUAAACAUGAUGUUUUCCUUAGUUUCUGUGGCAAAGACACUCGUAGAAGUUUUACGGAUCAUCUCUAUUUUGAUUUAAAACGGAAAGGUAUUCUCGUCUUUAGGGAUGACGAAUCACUAGAGCGAGGAAAAUGCAUUUCUCAAGAGCUUCCGCAAGCAAUUCAAGAAUCCCAAUACGCCAUCGUCAUUUUUUCGGCAAAUUAUGCUUCUUCCAAAUGGUGCCUCAGGGAACUUGCUGAGAUCGUUGAAUGGGAGAAAAAGAAGAACCUCACAAUUAUUCCUAUUUUCUACCAUGUGGAUCCUUCCGAUGUAAGAAAUCAAAGAGGUUCUUUUGCAGAAGCUUUCGCCGCACAUGAAAAAGAUCCCAAGGUAGACAUCAAAGAGACUAAUACGUGGAGAAAUGCUUGCACAAAAGUCGGUAAUCUUGCCGGAGAACACAUAAAGGGUGACAGGCACGAGUCAACAAUUAUACAACAAAUCAGUGGAAUGAUAUUCUACAAUUAUCCAAUGCUAAAUAUUCUAAUUCAUGAUAACCAGAAAUUUGUUGGAAUAAACUCCCGUGUAGAGGAAAUGAUGAACUUAUUGCAUAUGGAAUCGAAUGACGUUCGCUUCGUAGGAAUUCAUGGGAUGGGUGGCGUUGGUAAGACAACGCUGGCCCAACUAAUUUAUGGUAGAGUUUCUUGUCAAUUCGAAGGAAGCAGCUUUAUUUCUUGUAUUAGAGAAAGAUCUACUACUGCUCGUGAUCUAGCUUCUUUACAAAAAGAACUCCUUUCUACAAUCAUGCAAGAGAAAAUACGUGUAUACAAUCAUCACCAGGGAAAUGGGAUGAUAAUGAAGAUGCUGCAGAAUAAAAGGGUUUUUAUUGUCCUUGAUGAUGUGGAUCGUGACGAGCAAUUGACGACAUUAGCAGGGGAUCGGAAAUGGUUUGGUCCAGGGAGUAGGGUGAUUAUAACAGGCAGAGAUAGUCAUCUGUUGAUAAGAAAUAGAGUGAAUGGUAUCUGUGAGGUUCAGCUGCUUCAAACCGCCGAUGCUUUGCAACUCUUUAGUUUGUCAGCCUUCGACAAAACCAAUCCUCCAGAGAAUUACAAGGAUCUAUCGAUGGAUUUUGUGAGUUAUGCUGGAGGCCUUCCUUUAGCUCUUAAAGUUUUGGGUCGCUUCUUAUUUGGGAGAACAAUAGAUUUAUGGAGAAGUGCUAGGGAUAAAUUGGGAGCGAUUCCUAAAACUGAAAUUUUUGAUAUUCUUAAAAUAAGUUUUGAUGGGCUGGAGGAAUCGCAGAAAAAAUUGUUUUUGGAUCUGGCAUGUUUUUGUUACAUAAGUUUUUCUGGGGAAAUAUAUCCAGCCAUCGACUUAGAGGUUCUCGUCGACAAGUCUCUUGUAAGCAAAUCAGAUCUCAUGCAUGAUUUGCUAAAAAGAAUGGGGCAGGAAAUAGUUCUCAUGCAUGAUUUGCUAAAAGAAAUGGGACAGGAAAUAGUUCGCCGCGAAGAUCCUGAAGAACCUGGACGACGUAGUAGGCUGUGUCGUAGGGAGGAUGUCUUUCACGUGCUGGAGAAAGAUACCGGAACUGAUGCAAUUGAGUGCAUAUCCCUCUAUUUUGAUCUUCCUGAUGAAGCGAAACAUAGAUUCAAUAUUAACGCCAAAGCAUUCUCAAAGAUGAGAAAAUUGAGAUUUCUUCAUUUCAAAUUGAGAUUUCUUCGUUUCGAGCAUUUUCAAUCAUAUAUAAACUGGCGUGGAAAUCCUUUAAAAUACAUGCCAAGCGAUAAGUUGCAAUUCCUAAACUGGCCUAAUUGUCCUUCGAAAUCCUGGCCGAGCAGUUUCCAACCAAAAGGUCUUGUUGAACUAAGAAUGCGUCGCAGCCGCUUCAAACGACUGUGGAAGGGAUUGAUGGUUGAUUGAAACACCAGAUUUGAGUGGAGCCCCAAAACUUGAGGAAAUAAACCUGACAAAUUGUUCAAGCUUGUGUGAGGUCCACCCAUCCAUCGGAACUCUCAGACGACUACAAGUAAUAGAAAUGUUUGGCACUGGAAUCAAAAAACUAUGGAAGGGGACAUUGGUGGUUUUAGACAAUUUGAAAGAAUUAGAUCUGGGUGGUUCAAACUUGAUUGAAACACCAGAUUUCAGUGGAGCUCUAAAUCUUGAGAUAAUAGAUUUUGAAGAAUGUGAAAGCUUGUGUAAGGUUCACCCAUCCAUCGGAUUUCUCAAACGACUAAAACAUUUGAAUUUAGACGGAUGUUCAAGACUUGGGAAUUUCCUGAAUAUUCUGGGAGAUAUGAUAUCUCAAGAGAUAUCUCUAGAGAGCUUGAAGUUACCAUCAUCGGAAGUCUCAAUUUUUCCGAGUGUUAUUUAUAGUUUGUCAUCUCUUGAAAUUCUCUGGUUGGAUGGUUGGCCAAGCCUUGAGAAAUUUCCAGACCUGAGUAGGUUGAAAAGCUUGAAGGAAUUUCGGGCAUACGGAACUGCUAUAACACAAAUACCAUCUGUCAAUCUACUCCCCAAGAGCAUUGGUGAUUUUGAACUCGAAGGAGGAAAGAGGAUGCCACGUGAAUCAAGAGAUUUGGUUAUGUUCAUUAAUGACUGCUCUUUGCCGAAACAAAGCUUAUAUCCCACCAAUCGUGAUAUCGGAUCACCUGUAGAAUAUGAGACGGAACAGGUGCAUAUUCGAUGUACCGAUGAUGGCUUUGGGGUGUCGAUAACAAGGUGUUCAUUGGGAUCUACAAUCCCGGAGUGGGUCCACAAUAAAAGUAAUGGCUCCUCUCUUUUUUUUGACAUGUGUAAUGGCUCCUCUCUAAAGAUAGAGUCGGAUGGUGAUACAGAGUCGGAUGGUGAUACAGAGUCAGAUGGUGAUACGAUGUCGAUGAUGGGGAUUGCUAUCUUUAUUGUUUGUCAAUUCCAUUCAAUUCGUCCGGUUAAUUUCUCCGGAUAUGAAAUGGUGGCGUUUCCAAUUUGGUUGGAUGACUGUACUCCAGAAAAUCAUUUUUGCAAAUUUUUGUUUGCACUUUCCACGGACGUCAUUUUGGAUAAGCCAAUUGUAUUAUGGCAGUAUUUAUGGGAUCCGGUACAUUUGGAAAGUUGGAAAUUGAAGAGUCUGGAUAAACGGAAGAUUUCCACUACAGCAAAAUUUGAGCAGUUCGCCGAUCAAACUUCAUUUAUGGAAGUAGAAGUGAAAGAAUGGGGAUUGCAUUUAGUAUGUCUGGAUGAUCAUGGUGCUCUUGGUUUGGGAUCAGAUUUAGAUUCCUUAGUCAAUUUUCUUAAUUUACCAUCGGAAAUGCGACAUGAUGAGAAAUGAAGAUUAGAUUCAUCAAGAGUACCUCUAUAAAGCUUAGUCCUUUGAGUAAUGGCUUGGCAUUGUUUAUUUUGGGAAUAAAAGAUGAUCACCAUUUUGUACCUGAAAUCUCUCAAUUCCAUUGACGAUGUCGAAGUGAUCAUAAAAUCUCAGAUUGAUUAAGGGAAUGCAGACAAUCACCCAACCAGCUUUUCUUCUUUGUCAUGUUUCUGGUACGUUAUGCUACCUCUUUGCUUCAUCUCAAACUUGGAUCUCUAUAAAACAUGCAGUAUUUAGUCGUUUUUGCUUUUGUCUGUUUUUAAUAUGAAAAAUAUGGUUAAAUGUUAUGUACAUGGAAGUGAUCAUCAGGGAAACUUCAACUGCCAAAACGUGGGACAAUACUUGACAUGGAAUUGCUGCAUGAUGCGAAAUGAAGAUUCGAUUCAGCAGGAGUCCUUUAUAAAAGUUACCUUUUCGAGUUUUGAGUAUUGGCUUUGGUAUUGUUUCUUGGGAAUUGAAGAUGUUAACCAUUUUGUUUACAAGUUAUGAGUCAAAUUUCCAUUUGGAUUGUUUUAACUUACCUCAUUUAAGCACCAGGAGUAAUAAGUUAAUUAGGGGAGCCAAAAUAUAUUAUUAUAUAAGAGAUUGUUUUCUUUUGAGAGAUUCAGAAUUUCUCAUGUAUAUGAAUUGUUUAAUUUUCUUAUUAAUCAAUUCCAAUUCUGCA